UACCGUCAGUCGGCAUGACAACGCGCUCUGGAGGGCAAACCGGGAACGGCUGACGGGCGCGAGGAUGGCAGCAGAAGAUGCCCAGUAACGGAACCAGCGGCGGGAAAAGAGCGAGCGGCGGCGGCGGCGGAGGGAGGACGUGCUCCGGCAGCGGCACCGGGAGCGGCUCUGUCCAUGCGCCGGCCAUGGAGAGAGCCCGGCCGGCCACGGUGACGGUGUCCGCGGUGAGCCUGGCGCUCAGCGUGCUGUCGCUGCUGCUGCUGGUCACCGCCAUCUCCACCGACCACUGGUACCAGACCGACACCCGCCGCCACAAGGACAACUGCGACCGCCACGGAUCCGACUCCAACGACCAGAAGAACCGGGAGAUGCCCAUCUACCACCUGCCGCUGGUGGACACCGGCAGCGGCGGCGCCCGGCAGCGGGACGUGGCGCUCAUGAAGCCCGUUCAUGUGGGCAGCAGAGAGGAGGAGCUGCUGGAGAACUGGAGGGCCAUCCUGGGGAUGGGCAUCUUGGAGACGGAGUGCGGCAGGCCGCUGUUCUCCACGCACUCCGGCCUUUGGAGAAAGUGCUACUUCAAGGGCCUGGAUCCAGACAUCGACAAGCUCAUAGACCGGGGUAUCGCAGAUCGCUGCACGGCUGUCAAAUAUCACUUCUCUCAGCCAAUCAGACUGCGGAACAUCCCUCUGAACCUGACCAGAACCAUCCAGCAGGACGAGUGGCACCUACUGCACCUGCGGCGGAUCACAGCCGGGUUCCUUGGCAUGGCAGCCGCCGUCCUGCUGUGCGGCAGCAUCGUGGCGUCGGUUGGGUUCUUCUGGGAGGAGAGUCUGACUCAACAUGUGUCCGGGCUGCUGUUCCUCAUGGCAGGGAUCUUCUGCACCAUCUCUCUGUGCACCUAUGCAGCUAGUGUGAGCUACGACCUGUCCAGGAACCCUCCUUUCAUCUACGGCCUUCCAGCAGACGUGGACCACGGUUACGGUUGGUCCAUCUGCUGCGCCUGGGCCAGUCUGGGUCUGACGGUGGCGUCCGGUUGCCUUGGAACCACCUUCCCCUUCCUGAGCCGGGCCGGAGCACUGCGGUCCAAAACCGCCCGCGAGUCCUCCGUCUGAGCUGCUCAGGAGGCCGGACUCACCUGGAGGACACCUGGACCUGCUGCAGGUUCUCUAAGGUUCUAGACAGACUCCAGCUGGAGCUGCUACCUGUUUGAACAACAGCGCCUCCUGCUGCCUGGUUCUGAUGUGGACGUGAAGAAACCCAGUCCAGGUCUCCACAGUAUCUCCAUCUGGACCCCUGUUAACCUGGUUCAUGCUCACCUGCUCAGGUGGGCAUGGCCAUGGUUGACAUCACUGAUGGGGUUCAUUGAUUAUCAGUCAGGAAGUUCUCCCAUCGGAUCAGCUGAUCAUUCUCAAACCGUCAGGUCACUGACCAGCUGAUGUAUGGAGUCCAGGUGAGUCCAGGUGAUUCCAGGUGACCACCUUCACUCCACUUCAUUGGUUGAUCAGUGACAUCUCCUAGACUGGACAGAAUAUUUACACACCUGACACCAGGACCAGCACCCCAUCCAAAACUUUAAAAACCACCAUCAGUCAUGAGCCACACAAAAUCUACUGUUCUCCAGGUCCUCUACAGCUGAUCCAGGUCCUCUACAGCUGGUCCAGGUCCUCUACAGCUGAUCCAGGUCCUCUACAGCUGGUCCAGGUCCUCCACAGCUGGUCCAGGUCCUCCACAGCUCGUCCAGGUCCUCCACAGAUGGUCCAAGUCCUCCACAGCAGGUCCAGGUCCUCCACAGCUGGUCCAGGUCCUCCACAGCUGGUCCAGGCCCCCCACAGAUGGUCCAAGUCCCCCACAGCAGGUCCAGGUCCUCUACAGCUGGUCCAGGUCCUCCCCAGCUGGUCCAGGUCCUGCCCAGUUUGUCCCGGUCCUCCUGUGGUUUUGGAUCAGGUUGUGAAGAUCUGGACCUGUUUCUGCAGCUGUUGGUGGCUCCAUCCCUUCAGGCUCACGCUUCCUGCAUCUUCACGGAGCCAACGUUCUAACUCCAGCAGAGAUGGUCUCGUGUGGACCACAGAACAUCUCUGAUUCAGCAGAUGGUCCGGAUCGGACUGCAUCCCUGUGUUUGGGAUUGUUCUCCAGACUCUGUGGAUGGAAAGAUGGAAGAUCAAAGCUCCUCUAACUACAGCUCUAGUGAGGAACAUGAAGUUUAUGGAGAUCUAUCAGUGAGAAACAUGAAGGUGAUGGAGAUCUAUCAGUGAGGAACAACAUUCACACAGACUUUCUGAGGAUUUGGGUGGACAUCCAUCACGUCAACCUUUGUAGAUGCAGAAAGCAGGAACUGACCUUUACUGAGCAACACCUGAGGCAGCAUCCAAUCAGAAAGCCCCUCCAAUGUAAACAAGGUCAGCUGACCUGCUGAGGGACAAAUCACUGUCCGUCUUCAGAGAGCUCGUCCAAUCAGGACACACGCUGUGUUUUUAUUCUCAGCAGUAGAUUGUUGAUAUUUAGUCACAUGUUAACCUGCGUCAAUGAACACGCAACAUACACGCAACAUACACCCAAGAUACACAUAACAUAUACAACAUACACCCAACAUACACACAAAAUACAACAGUCACACAACAUACACACAAUAUACACACAACAUACACGCAGCAUACACACAACAUACAACAUAUACACAACAAUCACGCAUUAACACGAUUGACAACAUGAACAAACAUCCACACAUAGGGGGCGCUGCUGAUCAGCCCUGCUGGUUGUUUGAGUCUGAUGUUGGUUUCUGGGUCCAUCAGAGAUGUUUGAUAGCAGCAGGAUAAAGUCUGUUUCUCAGCUUUUAAACAAACGUCUGAUCCGAGGAAUCAGACUGAAUAUUAAAUGACUUGAAUCAGACUGAGGGCCAGUAAACUGAAUCAGGACAUUCCUGUUAGAAAACCUGAAGUUCUGUCCAAGUAAACAUCACAGAGAGUCAGUGGGAGAACAGUAGACCCCAAACAUCAGCCCUGUGUGAAUAAGGCGAACUGAUCAGGACUGAAGCAGACCUCUUAUUACAGGGUUGAAUCAGCGUUCCUCCUCUCAGACAGACGUGUACAUAGAAGUGUUUUUAUCUGAAGCAGUGUUAUGUUAGUUUCAUACUUUCAGACAUCGGCUGCGAGCUGAGCCACAGACUGAACUGUUUAAUCAUGAUGAAUGAGGAGAACACGUGGUACCUUUACAAUGGAACCAAACGAGUCCCUUUACUCUUCAAACAGCCGACUCAGCAGGCGUCUGUCUAACAUCAGAACCCUGUGUUCUCCUGUCUGGAGGAGAACCACCAUGUCCUCCACCUGCUCAGGUGUAGACAGGUGACCCAGGUACUGAAGCAUUCUGUCAUACCUGCUGCUUGGUGCUUUGUUACUUAUGAAAUGAAGGAGUCAACAUUCAAUCAGUGUCUUUCUAAUGCCCCCUGAUACCCCUGAUACUGAUCUUUUUACCCUCUGACUGCGCAGGCUGAGUGCAGUGACUGUUUCUUUGCUAAAAACAGGGUAUGUCUGAAAUAACGUUGAUGUCUAAUCAGGUAUAAAUGAUCAGCAUCUAUCCAGUACUCCUCAUCAGAUCCCCAGAUGCCUUCUGAAGCCCCUCCUCCUGAUACCCCAGUAUGAUCUGUUAAUACCCUUAUUGCCUUUCAUAUUCUCUGAUACCCCAUAUUUUCUCAGAUGCCCUGUUUUGAUACCUCCAUUUCCUUUAAUACCCUCUGAUGCCUUCUGUAAUGCGUGAUACCCCACCAAACCCAUCAUACUGGUUUUGUCACUCACUCAAACCCUCCAAUAGCCUCUGCCACACAGCAUAGCACUCACUUAACCUUUGAUACCCUCUGAUACCCCAAUAUACUUUCUGAUCCCUACCAGUCCAUUCGCUUCCUGCCAAGUUCUCCCUAAAAUUCCCUAAUUCCUCCAGAAACCCCUGUGGGGCAUUUAAGAUCAUUUGUUACAACAUUUUCCCCUCUAAAACCCCACCACACUCUUUAAAAAUACCCAUCAUGCCCCUCUAGUACCCAUAAUGCCCCUCUAGUACCCAUCAUACCCCUCUAGUACCCAUCAUGCCCCUCUAGUACCCAUCAUACCCCUCUAGUACCCAUCAUGCCCCUCUAGUACCCAUCAUAACCCUCUAAUACAUAAUACCCCUCUAGUACCCAUCAUGCCCCUCUACUACCGAUCAUAUCCCUCUAAUACAUCAACCCUUCUAGUACCCAUCAUACCCCUCUAGUCCCCAUCAUACCCCUCUAAUACCAUCAUGCCCCUCUAGUACCAUCAAUCCCUCUAAUACAUCAUACCCUUCUAGUACCCAUCAUACCCCUCUAGUCCCCAUCAUACCCCUCUAAUACCAUCAUACCCCUCUAGUACCCAUUGUGCCCUUCUAAUACAUCAUACCCCCCUAGUACCCAUCAUGCCCCUCUAGUACCCAUCUUAACCCUCUAGUACCCAUCACACCCCUCUAGUAUCCAUCAUACCCCUCUAUUACCAUCAUACUUCUCUAGUAUCCAUCAUACCCCUCUGGUACCCAUCAUACCCCUCUAGUCCCCAUCAAACCCCUCUAAUACAUCAUACCCCUCUAGUACCCAUCAUGCCCCUCUAGUACCCAUCAUACCCCUCUAGUACCCAUCAUACCCCUCUAAUACCAUCAUACCCUCUCAUACAUCAUACCCCUCUAGUACCCAUCAACCCCUCUAGUACCCAUCAUGCCCCUCUAGUACCCAUCAACCCCUCUAGUACCAAUCAUGCCCCUCUAGUAUCCAUCAUACCUCUGUAGUACCCAUCAUACCUCUCUAGUACCCAUCAUGCCCCUCUAGUACCCAUCAUACCCCUCUAAUACAUCGUACCCCUCUAGUACCCAUCAUACCCCUCUAGUACCCAUCAUACCUCUCUAGUACCCAUCGUACCCCUUUAAUACCCUCUGUGAUUACCAUAAUACCUCCAGUGUCUUCAGAUUCCUGAUAUAUAUAUUGCUAGCUCUGUUCUGCCCGCUAACUAUGUGAUGCCCUCCUAUUCUCCUGCUGUUACUCUCCCAGAUACCCCUCAUUCUUUCUGUUGCCUGUGAUACCCCAUAAUACCCCUCCUCUGGUCUUAUAGCUCUGUAAUAUAUCACACUCCCAUACCUUUCUUGUAACCUUUGAUGCCCUCUGAUGCCCCAUUUACCCCUCCAAUUCUGUGAUACCAUUGAAUACUCUUCCAUAGUUGAUACCUCAUCAUAUACAUGCUAUUACCCAUAAUCCUCUGCACUCUCUGCCCUCAUACCCCAUCCCAUCUCCUAUACCCCCCUAAAACCACCCUAAGGUGACCUCCUGCUUGAUGUCUCGUACAUCGGCUCAUCCAUCGGAGACUUACUGCAGUGUCUGGUGGUCGAGUUAAAGAUCUAAAACGAGUUGGACCAAGUGAAGCUUUGGAACAUGUACAGAACGUAGCAAUGUUCUGUUUUUAACCCAGACAGUAAUUCUAAACUUAGCUAACUGAACUGAUCAGGAGUCUGAACCAGAGUCCGCUGACCUCUGCUGGUGGAGAUCCUGAAGUUUAAUUCCAGGAAACAAAGUGAAAACGUCUUCUGACCUCCAGACACUGAUGAGGAAACGACACCCCAUCAUACUCCCCUCUAUGGUCUGAAACAUCCCCCUGUCCUCUGCUGCCACCUGCUGGACGCUCUGUGGUUUGUGUUGGGAUCCUGAUGUUGAGCUGUAAAUAAACAGUAUAAACCUG